AAAAAACGAGCAAAUGUCAUCAGCUUGGUUUCUUUACGAUUCAUUCUAGAAUAAACUAUAGGUCAUUCUAAUGUAUGAAUUGUUCCUUCGUGGUUGGUUUAGAUCAUAUGGUAGGCUACUCGGUUUUCUCUUUCCUAAAACCUAAAUCCGUUGGAUAAUUAGUUCAUAGGCCAAACAGUUAAAAUCGCACAACAACCCACGGAUAAAUACACAGACCGCAUCGUCUUUUUUAUUUCUAUUUUAUUUUAAUAUGCUUGCGCUGCGGAUCUAAUUUAAAAUCUUAAAAUGUUACUUCUGACGGCUAGUCGGUUACCAUGACAUUUCCUAAGCGCACACCAUUGUUGUACCGUGAUGUAAUAAGGCAACAUUUUAGAACGUCAGAAAGGUAUGAAUAAGGCCAUCAGUAGGAUAAGGCAUAAGAGGUGACAGUCGGGAGCUGCCCUCGAACGGCCCAAACUCUCGAAAUGUCACCAAAAUAAUGCAGAACGUUCACGCGUUUUUGAAGCCCUUAUGAAAUGAGGCAGACUGUACCUCCAUUAAGUAAGUGACAUUUCAGAAGAAAGGAUGGAGCAAGCAGUCAGUGCCAUUGACUUCACCGUCUUCAACAAGCUGCGACAGGAGGGCAAAUUUUGUGACGUGAUCGUCUUGGUGAAUGGAGACGAGUUCAAAGCCCACAAGGUUAUUCUGUGUGCCUGCAGCUCUUACUUUCGCACCCUGUUCACUGGAGGCUGGAACACAGGCAAGAAGGAGGUGUACGAUGUUCCUGGAGUGGCACCUGAUAUGAUGAAGCUCAUCAUUGACUACGCCUACACACAAACUAUACCGGUCACAAAGGACAACGUGGAAGGCCUUCUGUCUGCUGCUGACCAGUUCUGCGUCACAGGCAUCGUACAAGCCUGCUGUGACUUCCUGGAGACUCAGCUUUGCCCGCAGAACUGCAUUGGCAUCUGGAAGUUCACGGAAACCUACUUCUGCCCUGAGCUGCGGCACUGUGCCUACCGCUUCAUCCUGCACCACUUUGAGGAGGUGGGGCGCACCUCUGAGGAGUUCCUGGGCUUGUCACUGGCCCAGCUCUGUGACCUCAUUGAGCAAGACCUCCUGAACAUCAAGCAGGAGGACGUGGUGUUUGACCUGAUCCUGCGGUGGAUUGGGCACUCGCCUCCAGAGCGCAAACCCCAUAUCUCUGUGCUGUUGCUCAAGAUGCGGAUUGGCUUGAUGAGUACAGACUUCAUUGUGAAUAACUUGAAGAAGAACUCCCUGGUGAAGGAGAGUGAUGAGUGUAAACCCCUAAUCCUUCAUGUCAUGAAAGAGCGGAGUGGUUUCCAUGGCAGCAAGUCCCCCAGCUACAAGAUAGUGAGUCCACAGAAACGUCCCCGCCUGCCCCACACCAUCCUGCUAGCCAUCGGAGGUUGGAGCGGCAGUAGCCCCACCAAUGCCAUAGAGUCCUAUGACAUCCGGGCCAACUACUGGGUCAAUGUGACCCAGAACGAGAGCCCCCGGGCCUACCAUGGCACUGCCUACUUGAACGGCUUCAUCUACUGCAUCGGGGGCCGUGACAGCAUGGAGUACUUCAGUAGCGUGCGCAAAUUCAACCCUGUGGCCCUCACCUGGCACGAGGCGGCGCCCAUGCAUUGCUGCCGCUGCUUCGUGAGCGUCACCGUGCUGGACGACCACAUCUACGCCAUGGGCGGCUUCGACGGGUACGUGCGCCUCAGCUCUGCGGAGAGAUACGUGCCUGAGACCAACCAGUGGAGCUUCAUCCCACCCAUGCACGAGCAGAGGAGCGACGCUAGUGCUACCACGCUGCACGGCAAGGUGUACAUCUGUGGGGGCUUCAAUGGGGAAGACUGUCUCUUCACUGCAGAGUUUUACAGUCCUCAGACCAACCAGUGGACCAUGAUCACCCCUAUGAACAGUCGCCGCAGUGGGGUCGGAGUCACGGUGUAUGGGGGGGAGGUCUUUGUGGUGGGAGGCUUUGAUGGGGUGAACCGUCUGCGCAGCGUCGAUGCCUACAACCCCCUGACCAACUCCUGGCGCACCAUCCCGGACAUGAUCACCGCCCGCAGCAACUUCGGGAUCGAGGUGAUGGACAACAGGCUGUUUGUGGUGGGCGGCUUCAACGGUUUCACCACCACCUUCUACGCGGAGUGCUACGACGAGAGCGUGGACGAGUGGACCAACAUCCACAACAUGAGCUUCUUCCGCAGCGCGCUGAGCUGCUGCACUGUGCCCGGCCUACCCAACAUCAGCCACUACGCUGCCCCCCGAGGCUCCCUGUGAUCCCCGCUCCUCCAAUCAGACUGCCUGCUGCAGGUCUUGGGUCCCGCCCCUCUGCAUUUAUUGGCACAAAUGAUGUGUGAUGCCCUGCCCCUCUCAAAGUCAUGUGGAUCUGCCAUCAAUCAUAUGCUAACCAACCCUGUUCCUGGAAAUCUAGCAUCCUGUAGGUUUUCAUUUCAACCACAAUUUGGCACACCUGACUCUCCUAAUUAGCAGCUCAAUGAGAUCUCUAGCUGUUGAAUGAGGUGUGCUUUGUUAUGGUUGGAGUGAAAACCUACAGGACGGUAGAUCUCCAGGAACAAGGUUGGUUACCACAGAUGAAGAAAUUGAAAGUGUUGAAUGCAAUCAGAAUUUACCACACACCAUGGGGGUGUACCUUUGGCGUAUGUGUAUUUGUUGGGGAUACAAGUUGAACGGCCGUCAGAGUGAAUAAAUGUCGUGCACGAUUCAUUUCUUGCGUCACAUCAGCUAUGUGCACCGGCCCUCGCUGCCAUAACAGCCUCUGUGUGAAACCUGUGCUGCUCGGUUACCUGCUGGUUUCAGCAGGGUCAUGUGGUCAUCAGCCCGUUUGGCUUUCCAUGGCGCAUACAGGAGUAUGCCCUCUCAUCACAGGCAGUUCUGUUCAUCCUGGGCACGCAGACCUGGGUCAAACACGUAUUUGAUUUGGAUUCAAAUACUUUUCUGUGCUCUGUUGAUCUUGCCUGGUGUAAUUGAGCCCGCCAAUAUGACCAGAAGGUAGAGUUGGCACUUUUUGAGAGUAUUUGGUUGGUUGGUUCCAAUACACCAGACAAGAUCAGUAAAGCAAAGUAUUUGAAUCCAAAACAAAUGCGCAUUUGACCCAGGUCUGAGGGCAUGAGGUGGCACCAUUGCUCUAUAGUAAUGAAACUGAAUUCAGGUUAUUUAGGUGUUCUAGAGACUUGAGACUUGCCUGUUUCAGACCUGAAGAGCACUAAUUAAGAGAUUCGUGCAAAUUCUAAGUUCCUUCUUUCUUUUUUGGGGUGGGGGAGGGGGGGUAUUUUGUGCUCAAAAUUUCACAGUUCCUACAAAGCAAUAAAAAUGUCUGACUUCCUUGGCGGGCUGUCAAUCAUAUGUGUGUCAGUUUCAUUAUAGGUGCUGGUGAGCACUGAAACGGGUAUCCGUGAAACUGCACCCCUCAUCAAUCCCACCUCUUCCAUGCUGGCAACGCUGUCAGUUUUGAUUGCGUUUAUUUGAAACGCAAGAAGAGACAAGGUGAUCAGUGAUAUAAUUAUGUAAAAAUUUAUUGCAGAUGACAGCAAUUACAGCCCAUUUGUUUCCCAUAACGCAGAUGCAUGCAAAGAAAAAUACUACUUUAAACAUGUGCACCAGGACGAUAGCACGGGGACCGGAGCGCUAGCAGCAGGGUGCUCAGGCUACACAGAUCUAGACAGGGGAGAUUAGCAGAGCUGCUAAUCCCAGAACCACACUGGCCGAUGAGAGCCAACAGCAGCAGCAUGCAGCCAAUCAGAGACAGAGGGAAAGCGCGCUCAGAGUCUGCUGCUCGUUCGGGGAGCAGCGUUCUGAUUGCAUAACCCAGUUUAGCGUUCAGUUGGGUUGUGGACAGGUUACCGAUCGAGCCCGCACCUCCUCCAGGGACUACCCUUUCCCCCUUCGAGGAACCCAGCGCACUUUGACCCCUGAUCCCUGCACUUGUUUUUGCGCCGUAAGCUAAGUUGCUAAACGCCAGUUAAGCAGCGGAAAGAACAGAAAAGGUGCUCCCAAGAGCCCAAGAGGAAAGCAAGCUUGUCCUUGUUUUUAGCCUUUUUCUUUUUUUAGCAUGGUUGGUGCUUGAAUCGUACUUUACGAAUGUAGGUCUUACAAAACGCGCCUCUACUUCAGGGGCAAAGGCCACUUGGCCUUCCUCCUUGAUGUCUUGGUGAAUUAAUGAUUGUAAGACUUGCAGCAUGAAGAAAUAAA